GAUUGGUCGAUCUUUGGCGGCAUCGUUUUCGCUAUCGCACACUCCUCACGCAGCACGCUAUUCUCACGCUAUUAAGGUUUGAUUCGUGCGAAGCGCCAGACGACGGGCUCAGAUCACUGAGGGUGGGCUACCGAGCCUAGGUACUCGACGAUUGCCGGGUCACUUUGCCACAUACGACAUUUGGGAAGCAUAUAUACACAUACACAGAUCUCGCUCUACAAGUUUCAGCUCGCCAAAUCCGUGUACUUUCCUUGAGGAAUCACACAUUUCGCAAAGAUGGCGUCCACCGCACCCCCCGUUGCCCGCAAUCCCAAGGACAACAUGAAGUCCACCUGGCGAACAGCCGACAAGAGCACAUGGGGUCCGUUCCACUGGAUCUUCGAGCUUCUGAGCAUGCACCCAACCGACAUCGGCAAGCCGAUUAAGGUCAACCAGAAGAACGACAAAGUCCCGUACAUCUCACAAUUCGACUCGCACAAAUGGGUUCUCUUCUACGCGUUGUGGCCCAUGGCCGUCCAGCAAGCAUACAUCUGGGCAACCGGCGAGAACUUCAGCCCAUAUUUCGCAUUCUUCUUCUACUCCCUGGUUUACAAGCUCAACGCCAUUGGAGAGUUCCGCAUGAUCCGCAAGAAUGGCCACAAGUACGGCUUCCUUGACGGCGACGUCCACGAGCGCGACCAGAUUCCCGACCACAGCGUCCACAAGGUUUUCUUCUCGCUCCAGAUGACUUCGCUCGUCCGUCCCGCUGCUGCCAUUCUUCUCUGCUACAAGCGCAGCGAGGGCCCCCUGACCAUGUCUCCCUGGAUCCUCCUCGAGAUCGGUCUCUACGGCAUCAUCUUGGACUUUUACUUCUACUGGUACCACCGUGUCAUGCACGAGACCGACUUCCUGUGGAAAUACCACCGCACCCACCACCUCACCAAGCACCCCAACCCGUUGAUGACUCUCUUCGCCGACUCCGAGCAAGAGUUCUUCGACGUCAUCGGCGUGCCGAUGAUGACCUGGGCUACCAUGCGCCUCAUCGGUCUUCCCAUGGGCUACUACGAAUGGUGGAUCUGCCACCAGUACAUUGUGUUCACUGAGCUCGUAGGCCACAGCGGUCUGAGAGUUUUCGCACACCCGCCUUCAACCCUCGGAUGGUUUCUCGAGCUCUUCGACGCUCAAUUGUGCAUUGAGGACCACGACUUGCACCACCGCAAGGGCUGGAAGAACAGCGCCAACUACGGCAAGCAAACUCGUCUCUGGGACAAGCUUUUCGGCACUUGCGCCGAGCGCAUUGAACUUACUCCCGAGAACAUCGACUACAACUACCAGCUCAAGCUGGCCAUCUUCAACUAGGAGGUUGAUGUCCAUUAUCAACGGUUGAACACAUCUCACGCACGUUCCUUUUCACUCAUUUUUGCCACCUGACCAAACAAGUCCUACCCUUUCACUAGACAAGUUUUGGACAGUCGUUGGAGGUUGUUAUUACAUAGAUACCACAUCGGCUACGAUUGGAACAAACAAUCGUCCGGUUUCACUUGCUCAGACGUCGAGUCUCAAAAACUUUUAAAUAGAUAACAACAAAAACAUGUUAAACACCAG